ACCUGGCUGCCCACAUGCCGAUCGAAUUUGUUUGCAAAAUCAAAUUUGCAGAGGAGGAUGAGAAGCAGAAAGGCAAGCCGGACGGGGACAGGGAGAGUCUGAUAGAGGAGAGCUGCGUGCCCCCGGCCAAGGACCUGGCUGGCUUCGCCGAGUCCUGCUCCCUGCACGGGAUCAACCACAUCUUCGUCUCGGGGCGGCUAGGGGUCCGGCAGAGCCUCUGGGCGCUCGCCUUCCUGCUGUCCCUGGCGCUCUUCCUCUACCAGGCGGCCAAGUGCGCCAUCUCGUACCUGGAGCACCCGCACGUCACGGCGCUGAACGAGGAGUCGAGCCGGGAGAUGGUGUUCCCCGCCGUCACCAUCUGCAACAUCAACCGCUUCCGCUUCUCCGCGCUCACCGACGCCGACAUCUACCACCUGGCCAACCUGACGGGGCUGCCGCCCAAAAACAAGGACGGCCACAAGCCCACCGAUUUGGAGUACCCCGCGCCCGACAUGCAGGACAUCUUCAACCGGACGGGGCACCAGCUGGAGGAGAUGCUGAAGAGCUGCAACUUCAGCGGGCAGAACUGCUCCUCCAAGGACUUCUCGGUGGUCUACACACGAUAUGGGAAGUGCUACACCUUCAACGGGAACAAGACAACCUCCAGGAAGACAAAGCAAGGGGGGAUGGGAAAUGGCCUGGAGAUCAUGCUGGAUAUUCAGCAGGAUGAAUACCUGCCCAUUUGGAAAGAGACAAAUGAGACAUCCCUGGAGGCGGGAAUCCGAGUGCAGAUCCACAGCCAGGACGAGCCCCCAUACAUCCACCAGCUGGGCUUCGGGGUCUCCCCGGGAUUUCAGACCUUCGUCUCGUGCCAGGAGCAGAGGCUCACCUACCUGCCCCAGCCCUGGGGGAACUGCCGCUCCACCGAGGACAAGAUGAUCCCGGGGUACGACACCUACAGCAUCAGCGCGUGCAGGCUGUACUGCGAGACCAGGGAGGUGCUGAGAGAGUGCCACUGCAGGAUGGUCCACAUGCCAGGGGAUGAUGAUAUCUGCACUCCCAGCAAAAUCAAAUGUGUGGACAGGGCACUGGCUGUGUUUCAGAAGAGCGCGGGGGAGACCUGUCCGUGCGAGACGCCCUGUAACCUGACCCGCUACGGCAAAGAGCUCUCCAUGGUGAAGAUCCCCAGCAGGGGCUCCGCACGCUACCUGUCCAGGAAGUACAAGAAGUCCGAGGAGUACAUCAGAGACAAUUUUCUUGUUUUGGAUAUUUUCUUUGAAGCCCUUAAUUAUGAAACUAUAGAACAAAAGAAAGCCUACGACGUUGCAGGAUUAUUAGGAGAUAUCGGUGGCCAAAUGGGCUUGUUCAUUGGAGCCAGCAUUUUGACAAUCUUAGAAAUACUCGACUAUAUCUAUGAGGUGAUCAAAUUUAGGCUGCAACGUCUGCUGAGGCCGCCGAAGGAAGAGAAAAAGAAGCAGGCGGGCAUCGUGGCCAUGGUGGGCCUGGAUGAUCUGAAAGCCAAGGAGUCUGGCGAAAUGGCGAGGAGUCACCUUGGGGAUGCCUACGCGAAAACAAUACUCCCAAACCACCACCAUCACGCGCAACAUGGAGUCUUCGAGGACUUUGCCUGCUAGAAUCGUCAGAGGUCUCUGAGGCUUCUGCCUGUGUUGGAUUUGGGCUCAAUAAUAGACCCUUGGAAGCCAGCUCUACCUUGUCAUCACUGAAAGCUACAGCCAAAGUCGAACACCAAACCUGUGCUCGUAACAGACCUCUUGUACAGAGGCACAGAACAGACACCACAGAGUGGUGCCCCAUGGGGGCUUGCACUCUUUCCCUCGUCGCCUGGGAAGCUGUCAUCUUGGCUACUCUGCGAUUUCUAUACCGAUGAUUUUUUGCUACGUGGACACUUCAGAGAAACAAGACAGGGCCGUUUGUGUGGUCUAGACCCAGUUUAUAUUCUGGAAGAAUGACCUCAUGUCUUUGUCAUGGUUUGUUUUUAUAUUUAUUUUUUAAGGUUAUUAACUAGUGGAUGAUUUUAAUCAUACCAUGUGUUAUAAUAUCCCUUGUCCCACAAAUUACUACAGCUAUGUCAAAUGUGAUGUAUCUCAAAUGUGAGAGAAAAAUAACAGGAAUUCUAUUGCUUUCCCCUGAAGAUGCCACUUUCUGUGGGUGCAGACAUUGUCAUGAAAGUUUCUGAUUUAUCAAAAGGAUUGUGACUGGGCCUAAGAAAAAAAUCUUUCCAAUGACUCCAGACAUUGUAAACAUGCAUUUCCUUCCGGUAAGAAAGCAGCAUUGCAUGCAGACAGGUCAAACCAAAAUCAAGACUGGACCAGCUGCUUUUUGCUCCCCGAUGCCGACACUUCUUAGCUAAAUAGACACAGUGCAUAAUCCACACAAACUAAUACAUUAAAAAAGAUUUACAUGCCACAUUGGCUAUAGUCAUUAUCUGAAAAUCCACAAAACUGCUAAAAACACACAAGAUGUGUAACUGCUGAGGUGGAAUGAAACCACUUAGCUGACAGACCAACACAGUGCAGUUAUACAAUACCUGUACUCCUCUCUGUGCUAGCAACCAUGGUUUUAGCCACUGGGACGUUUUAGCAGAAUUUCUGAGAAUGGCCCUGAUUUUCCCUGCUCUCAGAUAACCAGACAACAGUAUCAUUUAGCUCGUGCUGAGAUAUAUCCACUUACUCUACAUGGGCAACAGAGUAUAAAACUGCUAUUUAUGUUACCUGAGUGAG